CUCAGUGAGCGAGGUUUCUCCGGCGGCGAGAUCGCAGCUCCAGCUCCCAUCGACGAGGGCACUUUUUCGGUCCCCCGAUGACCCCGGGGCCCGCGGAAACGUGACGGAGGGCUCCCGUCCCCCCAAAACGCGAGUGCGCCCCCCAAAACGCGAGUGGAGUCUCCCUGUGAAGUGAAGUGCCCGUGAAAAUGACAAUGACGCGAAAGUUGGUGAAGUUCCUCAUCCUGUUCGACAACACGAAUCUCCUCUACUUCCCCGGACAGUUUCUGAGUGGGCGUGUGCUCAUCGAGCUCAAGGAUGACACGCCAGUCCUCGGUCUCCAUUUCCACGUGGUGGGCGAAGGAGUGGUCAGACUGAAAAGCCAGAGGCAAGAGCGGAUAUACGAUAAGGAGAAUUACAUCGAUUUCCGGAUGCGACUUCUAGGCGAGCCUGGACAAGGAUCAGUAGUUCUAUCGCCAGGAAUCCAUAGUUUUCCUUUCAAAUUGGGGCUGCCGUUGGGUCUACCCUCAACUUUCCUCGGGAAACACGGAUGGGUGCAGUACUACUGUAAGGCAGCUCUCAGAGAAGUCAACGGGCUGACACAUAAAAAUCAACAGGUGUUCAUAGUCAUGAGUCCAAUCGAUCUCAAUCUAGAGCCAUCAAUAUUAGCUCAACCAUUUGAAUGCGAUAUCGAGCAUAAACUAGGAGUUAGUUGUGUAAACUCAGGACCAGUUUACUGUCACGUGGCUUUGGACAGAGGUGGCUAUGUGCCGGGAGAGACCAUCGGUAUAACAGCAGUCAUCCGGAAUAGAAGCAAUGUGACGAUCAAAUCUACUAAAGCCGCUCUCACAGAGACGAUUCAGUACAUGGCAAGGAGUAAGGUCCUGCAGUCUGAGACUCGUGAACUAGCCUCCUUAACACGAGGAAAAAUUAGACCAGGUGAAUUGGACGAAUGGGACAAUGAGCAAUUAUACGUUCCUCCUCUUCCUCCAACCAACCUCCGAGGAUGUCAUCUUAUCAAAAUUCAGUAUGAUGUUUAUUUUGUGAUCGCUCCGAAGAGUCUAGAAAAAGAAGUUAAGCUUCAACUCCCAAUAAUGAUGGCGACAUAUCCUCUCCGAACGAGUGAAGGCACCUUGUCAAGGAAACAAGGAACUCACUACCCAUCCACUCUACCAAUUUUCCGCCCUUGGCUGGAGGAAAAAACGUUUCAACUGUAAUCCAUUCAUGUCUUUCUUGAAGAUAGGUUAUGAAAGAGAAGUUUCACCGUAUUGUCCUAAUACUUUAAAGAAAGAACACACACAUAAUGAAUCAAUUAUUUUCCAAUCCUGGUAAAAUGAACACCCAAAAAUCCAUAUUAGGUGAGAAAAAAUACAUAUUACUUUAAACAGAAAUACAAAAUUCAGUAAUGAUUGGUUUGAAUUAUAAUUCUUUCAAGUUCAAUUUCAAAAUUUCAAUGCUUCUGAAAAUUGGGAAAUGAUCGAUUCAUUUUAAAGGCUUCCUUGUAGAAGCCUGCAACUGGAAGGGGAUACCAUGGGUUUUAACUGCAACGUUUGCGUUAAAACAGGCCCAUCCAGAGACACAACUCCAAACAAUUUUUCUUCUUUGUGAUUGUAACUGUAGUAACUUCCCUUCCUAUCAUAUUUUAAUAAAUUAAGAAAAUUUCAGAUGCGUAAAAUACUUUAGCAUUGCUGAAUGAUCCUGCCAUUAGAUUAAGGUGUAAGCCUUUUGGAAUAUCACAGUGCUUUGAAAUAGAAUUAGAAAAUUAUGAAUGUUCGAAUAGGACAAACGAACAAGAUCUGUUGUUACCAAUACUGAAUUUUAUGAUUUGAGCUUGCCUCAUGAAACAAGAGCUCUUGCCUUCUUCUCUGAUCGAAUUAUAAACAUCCAGCGAAUACUUAAACAUACACUUGACAAAAGAACGAAGUCAGAAGAGUAAAAAAGUCCACAAUCUAAUUUUUGACCUAACUCAUCAGCAUAAAAUAUUUUCAACCCUGGAAAA